CCGUCCCCUGGAUGCUGCUCGGUCGCGUCCGAAGUCGUCGCGGAGUUCUCACCACCCUCUGGGGGCUGCUCCUUCCUCCACUCCGCUUCCUCCGGCGCCUCCUCCUCCCGCCCCUCCGCCUCCUCCACCGAGUCGUUGCCAUGGCCGACAAGCCGGACCCCGGGGCCCCCCAAGAAGAGCGCCGGCCGUGGGAGCCGCCAUUCGACCCCUCGAAGCCCUCCACCCCCAUCUCCUACCCAAUCACCACCCUCGACGCCCUCGAGUCCAGGUCUUACUUCGACUCCUUCCACUUCCCUUUCAACAAAGCCUCCGUCCCUCUCCCCUCCUCCGCCGCCGGGGUUUUGCCGGCGCGGCGGAGGCUUCUGGUGUGCCACGACUUCAAGGGCGGGUACCAGGACGACAUCUGGGUCCAGGGCGGGGCCAACCCCGACGCCUACGCCAUCUGGCACUGGUACCUCAUGGACGUCUUCGUCUACUUCUCCCACUACCUCGUCACGCUGCCGCCGCCGUGCUGGAUCAACGCCGCCCACACCCACGGCGUAAAGGUGUUGGGAACGUUCAUCACAGAAUGGGAUGAAGGCACUGCGAUUUGCAACACAUUGCUUUCAUCGAAAACAUCUGCUCAAAUGUAUGCUGAACGGUUGACAGAACUAGCUACGGCCUUGGGCUUCGAUGGCUGGCUGGUCAAUAUGGAAGUUAACUUGGACUUGCAGCAAAUUGAUAACUUGAAAGAGUUUAUCCAUCACCUAUCUCUGACUAUGCACUCCUCUGUCCCAGGAUCCUUGGUCAUAUGGUAUGAUGCUGUGACCGUAGAUGGUAAACUUGACUGGCAAAAUCAGCUGAAUGAAAAAAAUAAACCUUUUUUUGAUUUAUGUGAUGGUAUCUUUGUCAAUUAUACUUGGAAUGAAAAGUACCCAGAAGUUUCAGCUACUGUUGCUGGCAAUCGAAGGUUCGACGUAUAUAUGGGUAUUGAUGUUUUUGGCAGAAAUACAUAUGGUGGUGGGCAGUGGAAUACAAAUAUUGCGCUUGACUUACUGAAGAAUGAUGACGUUUCAGCUGCCAUAUUUGCUCCUGGAUGGGUAUAUGAAACUGACCAACAACCUGACUUUCAAACUGCACAAAAUCGUUGGUGGGGCCUUGUUGAUCAAUCAUGGGGUAGACUUCAAAGCUACCCAAAACUCCUACCCUUUUACUCAAAUUUUGAUCAGGGUCAUGGUUAUCAUUAUUCUAUUGAAGGCCUACAGGUAGCCGAUGAUCCUUGGAAUAACAUUUCUUGCCAAGGUUUUCAGCCCCUCAUUCAUAAUUUUACGAAUCCUUCUCAAACUAAUGUGCAAGCCUUCAUCAAUUUUAAGGAUGCAUCUUACAGUGGUGGAGGAAACAUCACAGCAAAAGGAAGUCUCGAGGACGAUACUUCUUUCUCAAUAAUGCUCUUUUUUGGAGAACUUCCUUUGGAAGACCUACCUGUGCACAUUUUAUAUUCUGUUAUAUUAGUUGGGAAUUCUAUUCUGGGACUAUCCCUUGAUUUUUCUUCUGAAAUUAAUGGGAGAAGAUCCAUUCUUAUCAUAAAUGAUGUGCAAAGCCGCUCAACUGUGAACCAUUGGAGAAAUAAAUAUGAUGAAAUCAUUUAUUCACAAGUUAAAAAGACCACGAUGGAAGUUUUGGCUGAUGCAGCAUGGAUCGUAUGUGAAGCUAGUGUCAAGAUGAGUGGUUACAUAUUAACUGGUAUCCAUGUAGUUGGUUCUAAUAUGAGAAGGCCUGGCAUGACUGAAUCAGCAACCAUGCAUAGCACAAAAUUAGAAAAUGAAACAGUAAGCACAGAUGGAUUUUCACCCUAUUGUGCAUCACUUGGUCACAUCACUAUUCGCACUUCUGAGCAGAGCAUGGCAUUCCCACCAGCUGAUUCAUGGAUCACUGAAGGUCAGCACAUUUCAUGGACCUCACUCUCUCAAGAGACUAAAGCCGUCAGCCUCAAAAUUGCUUGGAUACUGAAAUCAGGGAAUACAACAUCAUUUAUGAAUUACAAUAUUUAUGUUGAGAAAAUAGCCAAGGAUGCUACUAGUGACAGGAUCUACAAGGUUCCCAGUUAUCUUGGGAUUGCUAAAGUUGAAACGUUCUAUGUGUCAGAUCUUGAUGUUCCUAGUGGAGUUACAAGUCUCAGGUUUAUCAUUCAGGGGUGUGGGCUUGAUGGGGCUUGCCAAGAACUCCACGAGUCGCCAGCAUUUGUGUUGGCUGUUGAAGGGCAGUAAACAAUAUUAUUCACAUGAUUCCCCCAAGAUAGUAUUCGACUGGAAAGAGGAGGAAUAUGAUAUCAUUUUUAACAGUCAUAAAAGUUCAUUCAAUUAUGUGGACGUAUAUUGAAGUAGCUUUUAAUCAUCUGGCAGCUCAACUGAAUGGAAAUAAGUUGUUGAUUUCCUCUCUUAUUGGCAUGACCUGGAUGAAAAGUCAACCUAUGUCAGGUGAAAUCUAAAGAAUAACUCUAUUGAUUCAAAUGUCUCUUUUUCUGAUGACAGUUGGGUGAAUAAUGGCCACAAAACAUAGCUUUUGUUCUUUUA